UCCUCAUUUUUUUCUUCCUAAAUUUUCAAUAAAAUAUUUACUUCUUUGUUUUUUUCUUUUUCCAAUUUUUAAAUUUUCUCUAAAUAGAAUUCUUUUAAUUCCAAACAUUAAAUAUUCUAGUUCUUUUAAUCUUUUUCAUCCAAAAAACUCUAAAAGGAUAUAACUUUUAAUGCAUUUUCGUUAUUCAUUUCUGAAUUUUUUAAUUUUUUGAAAAGUUCUUCAAUUUAUGAUUUCAAAAGAAGAUUUUCUUAUUCCAAAAAUCCAUUUUUUUCAAAAAAACCAUCUUUUUCUUUUUAAUAUUUGCAUAAAUUAUCUUAUAUUUAUGAAUUCAAAAAAUUAAUUUUUUCUUUUAAUAAAUUAUUUUCUUCGAGAAAUUCUUUUUAAGAAUAUCCGUAAUAUUUUUCUUCCAAAGCUUUAACUUUAUUUUCCCAAAAAAUAAUUAAAUUAUCUUUUUCGAUUAUUUUUUUUCCAAAAGAAAUUUCUUUAUUAUUCCAAAUUUCAUUCUCAGUCUAUAAUUAAUUUUAAAUAUUAAAAAUCUUAUCAUUUAAAUCAUUAUUUAUGUCUUUUAUUAUAAGUAUAUUUUCUUAAAAUUACUUAAUCGUUUUUUCGUGUUAGAUUUAAAUUUCUUUUAUUUUUUGUAAAUUUUCAUUUUAUUUAUUAUUUUCGUAAUUUUAUAAAUUUUGAAUUUUCUCAUUUAAUUAUUUUAAAGAAUUUUCUUAUUAAAAAUUUUUUUGUUCGAAAAUAGAUUUUUCCUUUAUAAAUUCACUUUCGUUUAUUUUGUAAGAUCUUUCGAUUAUUUUAUAAUCUUCAAUUGCUUUUUACAGUUAAUCUUUU